CUGGCCAGGUAAGCGCUAAUGGUUGUUUGCCAAGCUAAAUAAAUGUAGGACGCUGAGCGGCUGAGCCGGAAAGAGCCGGGCCCAGCAGGACCGUGUCCCGCCUCCUCCAGGAAGCCUUCCGGGCCUGCGUCCUGGCAGCGCCCAGGGAAGAGGGAGGGGCUCCGGGCUCACCUGGCUCCAGCUUCUCAGCCAGCCCGCCUCCCUCGGGCUCCGGGUAGAUCCUGGGCGCGUUUUCGGCCACAGGUGCUGGAAGGUUUCGGGAAAUUCUGAUUGAGAAGUCAACCCGAGGGUACGGAACGCACUGAGCUGCUCGCCGAGCCACUUCGUCGUCCAACCAGAACCAGCCAUGCUCAGCACACAGGCACCUUCCUUCUUCCCCAAGGCCCCCUUCAUCUUCUUUGUCUUCAUGGCUUCCACCGUAUUCCACCUUCAGCAGAGGCUCGCGAAGAUCCAGCCCACGUGGGAGUCACAGACACCGAAGCCAGCAGCCAAGGAAUCUCCCUCGAGCCCCCAGAGGAGCCCCCAGCUGAAGGGCAUGUGGACGAUCAACGCCAUAGGCCGCCUGGGAAACCAGAUGGGAGAGUACGCCACGCUGUACGCCCUGGCCAAGAUGAACGGGCGGCCGGCCUUCAUCCCACCCCAGAUGCACAGCACGCUGGCCCCCAUCUUCAGGAUCACCCUCCCCGUCCUGCACGACGCCACGGCCAGCAGGAUCCCCUGGCAGAACUACCCCCUCAACGACUGGAUGGAGGACCGGUACCGACACAUCGCGGGCGAGUACGUGCGCCUCACCGGCUACCCCUGCUCUUGGACCUUCUACCACCACCUCCGCGCCGAGAUCCUCCGGGAGUUCACCCUGCACGACCACGUGCGCGAGGAGGCCCAGGAUUUCCUGCGGGCUCUGCGGGUGAAUGGGAGCCGGCCGGGCACCUACAUAGGGGUCCACGUGCGCCGGGGGGACUACGUCCGAGUCAUGCCCAACGUGUGGAAGGGCGUGGUGGCCGACCGGCGAUACCUGCAGCAGGCCCUGGACUGGUUCCGGGCUCGCUACCCCUCCCCCGUCUUCGUGGUCACCAGCAACGGCAUGGCCUGGUGCCGGGAGAACAUCGAGGCCUCCCGUGGGGAUGUGGUCUUUGCCGGCAAUGGCAUUGAGGGCUCACCCGCCAAGGAUUUUGCUUUGCUCACGCAGUGUAAUCACACCAUCAUGACCAUUGGAACGUUUGGGAUAUGGGCCGCCUACCUCGCAGGCGGAGAGACCGUCUACCUGGCCAAUUACACCCUCCCAGACUCUCCCUUCCUCAAAGUCUUUAAGCCAGAGGCAGCCUUCCUGCCAGAGUGGAUUGGGAUCGCAGCAGACCUGUCCCCGCUCCUCAAGCACUGAUGUCAGCUGCUCCUCAGCACUCCGUUCUCCUUUUCUGGCUCCCCCAAGAGCCGUUCCAAGGUAUGAGGAGCACAUGAUUACAUGUUCCAGAACACUUCCCUCUUGUACCAUAAUGCUUCGGGCUGCAAGUAACAGAAGUCCCAACUAACUUGUUUAAAUAACAUGUUCAUGUGUCUCA